UUUGAAAUGGCUUUGGCAUCAACGCUGAACUAUUUAGACUUUGGCUUUUCUGUAAAUCAAGAGCAGAUAAAGGUGCUUAAGUGAUUUAUUUAGAAGAAGGAUGUAUUUGCGUCUUCCUCAACUGUGUAUGGCGGACGGACCCAUUGAUUGACUUCUGUAGCGGACAUUUACCAUUUACCUUCUUCAAGCAAGGUCAGCCCAAGAUGAGUAAGCAGCCCACCGGGAAUGCGCCAGAAUGCAAGCCAGUCCACUCCUUCACAUACAGCUAACCGUGCAGCCAACUAUUAGCGGCAGGACUUUCAUCUGCUGGACAGAGUCCCCCGUUAUAACCGUUAUGUCUGUCGUCGGUGCGCUCCGGAGCUACCGUUUCUUCCAAGAGAUGCUGCCCAGCGUCCCCUCCGCCUUCUGUCGAAAUUACAGCAUGGAUGUCCCCGCUCCGUUGCUCCGGACUCAGGGCUACGUGGACGGCCGCUGGGUGUCCGCAGCCUCUGUGUUCCCCGUUCUGGACCCAGCUACCGGACUGGAGCUGGCCAGGGUGUCAGACUGCGGCCCGGAGGAGGCUAAGCAGGCGGUGGACGCUGCUUUCCGGGCGUUUCACACCUGGAAGCAGACAACCGCUAAGGAGAGGAGUGUCCUGCUAAGGAAGUGGUUCGACCUGCUGACGCUGCACAGAGAACACCUGGCCAGGCUCAUCACCUUUGAAUGUGGUAAGCCUCUGCAGGAGUCCCUCGGGGAGGUAACGUAUUCAGCAUCCUUCCUGGAGUGGUUUUCAGAGGAGGCUCGGCGAAUCUAUGGAGACAUUGUCCCGUCUUCUGCAAACAACAGGAAAGUCUUCCUUCUCAAGCAGCCUGUUGGUGUCGCCUCCAUCAUCACGCCGUGGAACUUUCCCAGCGCCAUGAUCACCAGGAAGGUCGGAGCAGCUCUGGCUGCAGGUUGCACGGUGGUGGUGAAACCAGCCGAGGACACACCGCUGUCGGCUCUGGCUCUGGCUGAGCUGGCAGAUCAGGCUGGGAUCCCACCUGGCGUGGUCAACGUGGUUCCCUGCUCCAGAGACAGAACCCCGUCGGUCGGACAGGUCCUCUGCUCCGACCCACUAGUGGCUAAAAUCUCCUUCACUGGAUCCACAGCCACUGGGAAGGUGUUGCUGAAGAUGGCUGCUGACACAGUGAAGAGGGUUUCCAUGGAGCUUGGAGGCCACGCCCCCUUCAUCGUGUUCAACAGUGCUGAUGUGGGCAAGGCAGUAGGCGGAGCCAUGGCCUCAAAGUUCAGGAACUCUGGACAGACGUGUGUGUGUUCAAACCGGUUCUUGGUCCAGAGCGGGAUCUAUGACCGCUUCGUGGACCAGUUGAGUCGAGCGAUGGACUCUGAGCUCCGUUUGGGUCACGGCGCGGAGCCCGACACCACCCUGGGACCUCUGAUCAACUCCAGAGCUGCAGAGAAGGUGGUCCAUCAAAUUUCAGACGCUGUGUCUCAGGGCGCCACGGUUCUGAAAGGCGGGAAACGUUUGGACGGCUCCUUCAUGCAGCCCACUCUGCUGGCCGGCGUCACCACCGACAUGCUCUGUACGAAGGAGGAAACGUUCGGACCGCUGGUUCCGAUCAUCAGGUUUGAGACUGAAGAGGAGGCUCUAGCUAUCGCUAACGGCACCGACGUCGGGCUAGCAGGUUACUUCUACUCUCAGGACGUGGGUCAGAUCUGGCGUGUGGCGGAGGCCCUGGAGGUGGGGAUGGUGGGGGUCAACGAGGGGCUCCUCUCCACCCCAGAGGCUGCCUUCGGCGGCAUCAAGCAGUCGGGUUUGGGCCGUGAGGGCUCCAUGUACGGCGUCCAUGAGUACCUGGAGGUUAAGUACAUGUGCUUUGGAGGCCUGAAGCCCUGACCUGACCCGACCCGACCCGUAGGCUCAUUCUGGGCCAGACUAUGAGGUGGUUUCAGUGUCCAGUUCUGCUGUAAGUUGACUUUUAAGGUUCUGGGUCCAAACUGCUGCUAAUUAAAAAAAUCCAGCAGAACCUGAAAAAGCAGUUUUUACUAAACUUUAUUAACACGAACAAAAUGGUUCUGGUUUAAGGGUCAGUGGGUCACAGCAGAACCAACCCACUGAGGAGAAAUGGGACUUCUAAAGUUCUCUAGUCUGUCUGACAUCGGUUCUGAUCCAGUCUGUUCGAGCUGCCCUGUCUCUGUUCACAUCAGAACUGUUCGUCUUUGUGAUCAUUGGCAAACAGAACCGGUUCUGGUCUCCGAGUUGAUGUGAGACUUUCUGAUGGGUUGGGUCUAAAUUAAAGCACAUGAGGCAUCAGAACCUAUGCCGACCCAUUCCACCAGCGCUGCUAUAAUGAGUCUAACUCCAGAUGUGGGUAUAAACCCAUUUCAUCUGAUUGGUUCUGAUUAUAAAACUUUGAUCUAAAAUCUGGAUUAAUAAAUCCAGAUCCUCUGAAAUGAAAAGUUCUUGAUCUGAAUAAACUGGUUCGGAUUAAA